AUCCAGGAAGGGGCGUCAACCUCAAGGAAAUCGUGGCAAGAUGGCGUCCCUGGAUCGGGUGAAGGUUCUGGUGUUGGGAGACUCAGGUGUUGGGAAAUCUUCACUCGUCCAUCUUCUGUGCCACAAUCAAGUGUUAGGAAAUCCAUCAUGGACUGUGGGAUGCUCAGUGGAUAUCAGAGUUCAUGACUACAAAGAAGGGACCCCUGAAGAGAAGACCUACUAUAUAGAACUAUGGGAUGUUGGAGGCUCUGUGGGCAGUGCCAGCAGUGUGAAAAGCACAAGAGCGGUGUUCUACAACUCUGUAAAUGGCAUCAUUUUAGUACAUGACUUAACCAAUAAGAAGUCAUCUCAAAACUUAUACCGCUGGUCCUUGGAAGUUCUCAAUAGGGAUGCAGUUCCAACCGGAGUCCUGGUGACAAAUGGGGAUUAUGACCGAGAACAGUUUGCUGAUAAUCAAAUCCCACUGUUGGUGAUAGGGACUAAACUGGACCAGAUUCAUGAAACCAAGCGCCAUGAGGUUUUAAUCAGGACCGCCUUCUUGGCUGAGGACUUCAAUGCUGAAGAGAUUAAUUUGGAUUGCACAAACCCACGGUCCUCAGCUGCAGGCUCCUCCAACGCUGUCAAGCUCAGUAGAUUUUUUGAUAAGGUCAUAGAGAAGAGAUAUUUGUUUAGAGAAGGUAAUCAGAUUCCGGGCUUUUCUGAUAGGAAGAGGUUUGGAGGAGGGACACUGAAGAACUUCCACUGUGACUGAGUUGCCCUCAGCCCUGGAAGAGGAAGGGAACAGCAGCCGGGUCCACAGCUUCCUCUUGCUGUGUCGGGUCAUUAACUUCUCAGGCUUCGGUAAAAACAUCUCAAAAUGCUACCUCACCCUCUCAUGGAAGAUUGGAAGGAAGCAGCGACAUGGAAUGCCCUCGCUCUGCUCGUUCUGUAUUCCUCACCACCCUGUCUCUGUUUAUAGCUUAUGUAAAAGCCUAUGAGGUCUUGUCAAACCCAUGCAGUAAAGGACUGGAGACAAGGGCUGCAGAGAAGGCUGACUCCUGCUUGGAACCAGAGGGUUUUACAGGCCCACGAUUUCCCCAUACUUACUGCUGAAGGCUUAAUUAAGUACUUCAGAAACAUAUCUGUGUUGUUUUACCUUCCUGAGGGGAAAGGUCAUGUUAAUCAGCCCUGAGUUAUCCACCCCAACCAUCUCUGUCAUGUUAAAAGAAGCCAAAUGGUGUUAUUUCAUUUUCUCUGUCCUCAUUCCCCACAGGGACGCCUAAGAAUAGCAACCCCAUCUCCUCGGCGCUCUCUGGGAAAAGGCUUAGUGUCUGGGAGAGAGCAAUGAACUAAUAGCUGGAGUUAAAUAGAAAUACAAAUUAAUAAUACAUGGAGAGCAGACCAGGAAAGAAGGGUCUGUGAGACGCCGACAGCUCCCCCUCUCUAUAGGCUGUCGGAAGGCGCUUUCUGCUUUCUGUUUGGAAAUUGGGCGAAGUCUGAGACACGCACAAGGCCAGUAAAACAGAUUUAUGCCUC